AUGUCCAAGCAAUUUGUUUCUUGUUUUGUGGUUCUGAUGGUUCUAUUUUCAGUGUUACUGGUCGUUCCUAAAACCGAGGCUCAAAAGAGAUGCGCAAAAGAACUUAUGCCAGGAACACAAUGUUUGUUAGCAAAUUGUAGGGAAGUGUGUUUAAGAACGUUAGAAGGGUUCGGAACUUGCAUUGAAAAGCCAGCAGGCUCUGAUAGAUAUACAUGUAAUUGUGUUUACAAUUGUUGA